AUGCUUUCCUUGCAUCUUAAUUAUGUCAUUUUGACGCUUCUCUCUUCAAUAACGCUGGCAACCAGUACUCACGACCAUGACCGCAUUAAAAAAUGCUAUCAACGUCAUGGCACGUCCAGCGACUCACGCAAAGCCAGCAACAACAUCUACAAGACCUCAUUCCCUGGCGUGACAUGGGAUAACGACAAUUGGCUCCUCACCACAACCAACCUCGACCAAGGCCACUAUCAAUCUCGCGGGUCAGUAGCAAACGGCUACCUCGGCAUCAACGUUGCCGCCGUCGGCCCCUUCUUUGAGAUCGAUGCCGAUGAAGAAGGCGGUGUCAUCAACGGCUGGCCGCUCUUCUCAAGACGACAGACCUUUGCAACCAUCGCUGGCUUCUAUGAUGCACAGCCAAAGACAAACGGGACCAACUUUCCAUGGCUUUUGCAGUAUGGUUAUGAGAGUGUCAUCAGUGGUGUUCCCCACUGGGGUGGACUUAUCAUUGACUUGGGAGAUGAUGUGUAUCUUGACGCGACAGUGGAUAACCGGACUGUUCAUAACUUUACGUCUACCUAUGAUUUCAAGGCUGGAGUUUUGGAGUGGUCGUAUACGUGGGAGCCCAAGGGGAAAGGGUCUUAUCAGAUCAAGUACCGCUUGUUUGCGCAUAAACUCCACGUCAACCAGGCCAUUGUGGAUCUGACGAUUGUCCCAUCCACCGACUCCAAAGCGAAAGUUGUCAACGUCAUUGAUGGAUACUCGGCAGUGCGUUCAGACUUUGUCAAGUCAGGCCAGGAUGAAGAUGGCGGCAUAUUCUCAGCUGUCCGACCCGUUGGAAUCGCCAAUGUGACCGCCUACAUAUACGCACAAGUCAACGGAUCAAAGUCCCUCGACCUGUCUCGCCGCAAGUUGGUCCAUGGAAAGCCGUAUGUGCACACCAACGAAUCAUCUAUUGCACAAGCCAUCCCUGUCAAGUUCUCAGCUGGUGUUCCUGUUCAUAUCACCAAAUACGUAGGAGCCGCUUCCUCCGACGCCUUUGAAGAUCCAGAAAAGACUGCGAAGGAGGCUUCACAUAGAGCAUUGGAGGAAGGGUAUGAAAAGUCUCUUUUAUCACAUCUCAGGGAAUGGGAGAGCGUCAUGCCGAGUGAUUCCGUGGACAGCUACGCCUUUCCCGAGAACGACACGCUCCCUGACGAUGAGUACAUCAUAGACUCUGCCAUCAUUACCGUCACAAACACCUACUACCUCCUGCAAAACACAGUCGGCAAGAAUGCACAAAAGGCAGUAUCAGGAGCCCCCGUCAACAUCGACAGUAUCUCAGUCGGCGGCCUCACCUCCGACUCCUACGCCGGCCUCAUCUUCUGGGACGCUGACCUUUUCAUGCAACCCGGUCUCACAACAUCACACCCAGAAGCUGCUCAGCGAAUAACGAACUACCGCGUGGCCAAGUACGACCAGGCCAAGAAAAACAUCGCCACUUCUUUUGCGGGCUCUCAAAACAAGACCAAGUUCUCGGAAUCAGCGGCUGUGUAUCCGUGGACGAGUGGACGGUUUGGGAAUUGCACUGCUACUGGUCCUUGCUGGGACUACGAGUACCAUUUGAAUGGGGAUAUUGGGAUAUCUUUGGUGAAUCAGUGGGUUACGAGCGGUGAUACCGACUUCUUCAAGGAGACACUGCUGCCGAUUUAUGACUCGGUGGCGAAUCUUUUUGCGGAUUUGCUGAAACCCAAUGGAUCGUCGUGGACUAUCACAAAUAUGACUGACCCCGAUGAGUAUGCCAACCAUAUCGACGCCGGCGGUUUCACCAUGGCACUUGCCUCGGAGACCUUGAUCCAAGCCAACCAGAUCCGCAGACAGUUUGGAAUGACAGAGAAUAAGACGCAGGACGAAAUAGCCUCUGAUGUGCUUUUCAUCAGAGAGAACGGCAUAACUUUGGAGUUCACGACUAUGAAUGGCAGCGCCAUCGUCAAGCAGGCUGACGUGGUGCUCAUGAGCUUUCCUCUGGGUUACAACGAUAACUACACUGACCAGAAUGGACUCGACGAUCUCGACUAUUACGCGAACAAGCAGUCUCCCGAUGGGCCAGCAAUGACCUGGGCAAUCUACUCCAUUGUAGCGGACGAGCUCUCACCAUCCGGCUGCUCAGCAUACACCUACGCACAAUACUCCUACAAACCUUAUACACGACCUCCCUUCUACCAGCUUUCCGAACAGUUGGUAGAUAACGCAACCGUCAACGGCGGCACGCAUCCCGCAUAUCCCUUCCUCACUGGCCACGGAGGCGCUAACCAAGUGACUAUCUUUGGAUACCUUGGCCUACGGCUUAUUCCUGACCAAGGUCUCCACGUCAACCCGAAUUUGCCGCCUCAGAUUGGGUAUCUGAAGUAUCGAACGUUCUACUGGCGUGGUUGGCCUAUCUCUGCUUGGUCGAAUUACACGCAUACUACUAUUUCUCGACACCCGACGACUAAACCUCUCGAUGUUGCGGAUUCUCGGUACGCUAAUAAAGGUAUUGCGGUUUAUGCUGGGAAAAUGGGAGACUCUGCACUUCAUCAUUUGACAUUCGAUGAUCCUGUCGUUAUCAAGAACAGACAGAUAGGCAGUGUUAACACAGUGCACGGCAAUCUAGCUCAGUGCCGACCGGUAAAAUCUUCCAACUCUUAUGAGCCAGGGCAGUUUCCCAUUGCUGCUGUAGACGGAGCUACUUCGACAAAGUGGCAGCCCUCAAAGGCCGCUGACGUCAGCUCACUGACUGUUUCUCUUGCGAAAAAGGACGUUGGAUCUAAGGUCAAGGGCUUCUACUUCGAUUGGGCUGAUGCCCCACCUAUCAACGUCACAGUUCUGUUCCACAACAAAACCAUUGAUGAUCCGACAAAGGUAUAUGGGACAUCGAGCCACGACUCGGGAUAUGAUGUCGUUGUGUCCAUAAAGAAGGUCAAACUCUCGGAUGCAUACAACGCGAAGACCGAUAACCUAGAUGCAGUCGUCAUGCCUACAGGAAACACUACCAAUGUCACUCUUCCAGAGACUGUUCCCUUAUCUCGAUACGCCACGUUGCUGAUCGCGGGGAACCAGGCUCUGGACAAAGUUGAUCUCAAAGCUGGGAAUGGUACAGGCGCUACAGUCGCUGAGUGGGCAAUCCUGCACUAAAGGUGGUCGUGGGAUACAAAUGAUGGUGUACAGUAUAAGGUUCAAUGGCGGUGGUAGAGAAAGGAUGGCAAUGGUUUAGUUUAGGAAGGACAUUUAUGUAAUCGGUGCAGAGGUCAGGUUUUCAAUACUUCUUGGCUUCAACUAGUUUCGUUACCAAUGAUAAUUUACUGUCAAUAAUGAAGAAAGCUCGUACGCUUGAUGUACAA